UUUCUUCUGCCACAGAGCGAGUGAGCUAGCUCCCCUGCGAGCGCCGUGGGCACAGCCGGUUCCUCUCCAGCCAGCACCGCGGACACAGCCGGUCCCCCCACAGCCAGCGCCGCGGACACAGCCGGUUCCCGCACAGCCGGCGCCGCGGACACAGCCGGUCCCCCCACAGCCGGCGCCGCGGACACAGUCGGUUCCCCCACAGCCGGCGCCGCGGACACAGCCGGUCCCUCCACAGCCAGUGUCGCGGACACAGCCGGUUCCCCCACUGCCAGCGCCGCGGACACAGCCGGUUCCCGCACAGCCAGCGCCGCGGACACAGCCGGUCCCUCCACAGCCGGCACCGCGGACACAGCCGGUCCCCCCACAGCCAGCGCCGCGGACACAGCCGGUUCCCCCACAGCCGGCGCCGCGGACACAGCCGGUCCCUCCACAGCCAGCGUCGCGGACACAGCCGGUUCCCCCACUGCCAGCGCCGCGGACACAGCCGGUUCCCGCACAGCCAGCGCCGCGGACACAGCCGGUCCCUCCACAGCUGGCACCGCGGACACAGCCGGUUCCCCCACAGCCGGCACCGCGGGCACAGCCGGUUCCUCCACAGCCAGCGCCGCAGACACAGCCGGUUCCCGCACAGCCGGCACCGCGGGCACAGACGGUCCCUCCACAGCCAGCGACGUGGGCACAGCCGGUCCCUCCACAGCCAGCGCCGCGCAGGCACUGCCAGCCCCUCCCCAGCGAGCCCCGGAGCUGCAGCCGGCUCCCAGAUGGCCCAGAGCGUUGUUUAUGCCGACCUGAAGUUCGUGAAGGCCCCUGUGGGGAGCAGCGUGUGCUCCAGGUCGCGGGAGGCAGCGCCCGCAGACGAGGAGGAGGCAGAGCUCACCUACGAGAACAUCCAGCUGGCCCAGCCUGGGGAGGUGAGGCGGGGGCAAGGGGCGGAGCAGAGCAAAGAGCCCUGGUGGAGCACACGGUACCUGCCCCUCGGCUUGCUGGGGACCUGCCUCUUCCUCCUGGCCACCACCAUCGGCCUGGGGGUGCGCUACUGGCAGGUUUCCCAGCAUCUGCAGCAGGCGUCCCGAGCGCACGAGGCCGAGAGCAGCCGCCUCUCCCAGCAAGUCAGCACCAAGGGGGCGACCCUGGCACAGACGGCGAGGGAGCUGGAGCAGGCCAGGCGGGAGCUGGAGCAGGCCAGGCAGGAGCUGGGGCAGGCCAGGCGGGAGCUGGGGCAGGCGAGGCAGGAGCUGGAGCAGGCCAGGCGGGAGCUGGAGCAGGCCAGGCGGGAGCUGGGGCAGGCGAGGCAGGAGGAGAACAGCAGCCAGGAGCAGCUGCGACAGCGGGAGGCCGCGUUAGAGGGAACGAAGGAGGAGCUGACGAGGGUACAGGAGGAGCAGAGAGAAAUUAAAGAGAAGCUGAACCAAACGGAGAGCGCCCUGUCCAGCAUCCACUCCUGCGAGCAGACAGGCUGCUGCCCGGCGCAGUGGGUGUUGUACAGAGGAAAGUGCUUGUUCGUCUCGAAGGAGAAGGUGACUUGGCAGAAAAGUAAAGAAGAGUGUGAAAUGAACUCUGCUCGGCUUCUUAUCACCAAAUACUGGUGGACAAUGCCGAAUUUUCUGAAAAAUACUUAUGUCCAGUACUGGAUUGGACUAGUCUGGAAUAAGGAAACACAGUGGCAGUGGAAGUGGGUUGAUAACUCACCCUUUGAAAAAGACUUGAGCUAUCCGAGUUACGGCUAUAUGUCGUGUGGAGCAAUAAGAAAUGGCGUCAUAAACAGGGACUCGUGCUACGAUCGAAAGCCAUGGAUCUGUGAGAAGGCACCCAGCCAGCCCAGCCCAGCCGGACGCUGGUUUCCUUAGAGUCCCUGGAGGGACAAUCAGUGAGAGCCCUACCGGACAGUCCUCUCCCAUUGCGCCAGGCUCGGCUCCUGUGUCGUCUUCCUGCCCUGCUCCCAGUGCCGAGGACACAGCACCCGAGGGCCGGCUCCACCAGCAUCGCCUGCUCCACACUCAGCCUUGCCCCCUGCCUGGGGGGCAGGGCCCCUGCUCCGGCCUGGAGCCCGGCCUCGCUCCCGGCAGGUGCCAGCUCGCGCACUGGGCAGGGCAGGGUGCUCGCAGCAAAGGGCUGGGGGCGUCAUGCCCAGGAAAAGAGCUGCCGGCCAUCAGCACACAGCCAGCCCCCUUCCCGCACAUGGGGCUGGGUUCCAUGGGGGCGAGCGGCCACUAAAUGCCCCAGUGGGGCAGGCUCCGGGGAGGGGCGCCCAGAGCUCUCCCCACGGCUGCCGACACCUGCCAGCAGGGCAGGAGCAGGGAGCUGUGCUCUGCCCCACAGAUCCUCCUGCAGCCCCUGGCUAUGGGCAUGGGCCCAUGCAGGGCAAGCGGCCUGCCCCUUUCUAACGGUGGCGGGCUCCCACGCAGGCCGGGUCACUCGUGCGGGGUGAUUUCUGCUGCCCACAGCCCGGCGUGGCUGGGGUUGGGGCGCUGCCCAGCCUCUGGGGCUGCAGAGCAGUGACCCAGAGCACCCAGGGCUGGUCCCAGGCCCAGCUGUGCCCGGGGGUGUCAGCACCGGGCCUGGGGCACAGCCCUCGCCGCCCCGCCUUCCGCACCCGGCGUUUGAUGGGUGAGCCCAAGACGGCCCCCCCGGUCCUGCCCCCGGCCUUCAGAGACACAACACGCCCCCCCCCCCCCCACA